GCGUGGGUGGGACAUCAAAGUCACAGAAUUACAGUUCUUUUGGAGGUUCUAGGUCUUCCUCUGGUUUGAAUUACGAAUCAUCAUCUUCUAGUCGAAACGAGUCGAGACUCCACUCACCAGCACGGUCCGGCUUCGAGGGGGCUGAGCGUUCUUCACCAAGCCUACUACAGACCUCAUUCGAUAGUGGAGCAGGAGACUUUAGUGGCGAAUUUAGUGCAUCGGCGGGUGGUCCUGGUCAGUCACCAUAUGGCAGGAGUGUAGGCUUUCAUUGGAGUAGUUCUAAUAUGAAACUGAAAGGUAUCUCCAUUGACACCAGGUGCAACAGCUUGGAAGUACAUUUGACAACUGUCCUCCAUCCGAAUACGUGCGUAUACUACUUUGAGAUGAUUAUAGAUCACAUCCAUCCGAAUACGUGCGUACUACUUUGAGAUGAUUAUAGAUCACACUUAUGAGAUCUAAAACCGUUCUAGGAGAAACAGCGGCCAUCUCAACCCAAUGGAUUACGGUGUAGUGCGACGCCUAUUCCCUGGCGCGCCACGCGAGUUGGUGCCUUGGUAUCUCCUAGGCGAAAACGACCCGAUUUUGAAGCAACAGGCGAGCAUGUAUUUGAAAUUAGUCCUCCACCUCUGCUGGCUUAUGGGUGAACUUCUGGAGCGAACUUCAGAGCAAGAUGACGUUAAGGCUACCGCUAGCGCAUCCUCAACACCCUCCUUGGCUUCUUUUUCAAGGGGAAAAUAACUGCCCAAGGAUAUGGCUCGUAAAGACGAUGCGACCUGGUAGCUCUAAUGACGUCACCAAAGUUCGAACUACCGCAGAGCAAGGUGACGUCACCUUCGGGGUGUCAACGAGUGCGUCAAACGACCUUGAUAAAUGCACUUCGACGUCUUCUCACGACAUCCAUGAUCAUCAGCGUCAAUAUAAGUCAUCUUUGGUGAACAAGAACAACGAUGAAAUAUUCGACGCUCUGAUCCACUUCUUCGUUUCGGGAUCUAUGCGGAUGGAACUGUACCUGUACGGCUUCGUCGACAGCAUCUUCGACUACCAGAGCUUAGAUUCCACACUUGGAGGAGGAGAUGGCACUACUACUACUACGGUGUCAAGAACAAUUGUUAAGGCUCAGCUUUCAUCUGAAAUCGAAGAGGUUGGCCACUGAAAUCGAAGAGGAGACCCCCUGAGAGAACAGGGGAAAACAAGGGGUUUAGGGGGGAGGCAUUUCUCUUUCAGAAUCAGUGACCACUGACUGCUGACCUUUAAAACAUGUGCUGGCGCAACAACGAAUAUGGGCAGCUAUUCAGCAUCAGGAUCCGGCGCAGCAUCCUCUUCAACAGGCAGCUUCCUCAACCAUUCAGGAGUAUCCUCCUCGUCUGCCUCCAUGAGAAGUGGUGACAACUUCUUCCAUGAUGUUGAGCAAAAACCGGUAUUUGCUUCUCCCAAUAGAGGAACAUCUUCAAGAUCAGUAGGGACGAAUGAAGCUGAUUCAUCAUUCGACCAAAAAAAUAGUGCUUCAUUCAAUCGACGUCGAGAAUAUGAGGAGGAAAUGGUGCAAAUGGAUUUCAACGUAACGGGUUGGCAAACCGAUGUUAAGGCUACCGCUGAAGCAUGUCCAUAACCCUAUAGUCCUUGGAUCUUCUUUCUCUAGACUUGAAAAAGAAGCCUCUUCUAAGGAUACUAUCACUCUCAAAGAGGAGGAUGCGAACGCGGUAGCUCUAAUGAUGUCGCAGAUCUGCAGAGUUUAGUCCGCUCCCUGGCGAUACUGAUUAGUUCCUUGACGAAAAUAGCUGUGGCCACCAACGAACGCACGCCGCGGG